AUGACGGAGGGAGUAACCAUUGAUCUUAAAGAAAAACCACCAGAUAAAGAUGGUAGAGAGGAAAAAACUUAUGAUGGAGAUCCUCUUACCAUAACAGGUAUGACAAUUAUCGUUACCAGAUCUCUCUAUCCUCCUAGUCCUCUACAAGGAUCCUCUCAGGACUUUUACAAGUACGAGCAUAAAGAUUCUGGAGAACAGCAAUUCACACUAAAAGGGAUCCAAGAUGAUACUGGCGUGGUAAUAAAUGUUAAGGGACUUAGAAGUGUUCCAGAAUUCCCAAAGGAUAAUGUCUUAUCCGUUUCUGCUUAUUAUUGGAAGCAUGAGAAUGGUGGUAGCAGGAAGCCUAAGAACGUUCUCAUAGUUGAAGUGGUAAAGAAGGGUCAUCCUAAUAAUGAAACCAAGUAUUAUGUUAGGAGUAGUGUCACCAUAAAUCUUACGAAAGAUGCAUAUGUGGAAGGAAAGCGGUACUGUUGUUAUAACCAUAUUGGAAAAGGAAAGGUCACUGUUAUUCCUGGAUUAGUUUCAUGUAGUCAGCAACAUAACUCAACCCACAUUACAUACUUCAAACACUCCAUUAACAAUGGAUAUAGUCUUGCCGGUAUUGAGUACAACGAUGAUGGCAAUAGAAGUCAAAGGAAAAAAAUUAAGAUUCCUGAUAUUGUCUUACCUACCAGACAGUCAGUAAAAGUCUAUGUCUUAUAUUGUACAGGGAAUAAUCCCAAGCUAAUAUAUGUAGAUUGUGGCGUGCGACAUGCAGCUACUGGCUGGUACAAGAAUGAUAGAUGGCAGAAAACCUUGAAUAGUGUACCUGAUCCAGAAAAGAUCGCAAACUGUAGUCACAAUGAAUUUAACACACUUGUGAGUGAGUUAAAGAGAAACGGUGGAUGUGGGAAAGUUGGAGAUCAUCCUGGUUCUCCUCAGCCUCCUGCCAAGCCUACUAUUCCUGUUCCUCCUAUUUCUAUUGAAGCUCUAUCUCUUGAGGUUGCAUCAAAGUACUGGGCCAUUCUACUAGCUAGUAGAGUUCCAGGAGCUACUCCCAUUACUAUACUUGCUUCUCACCCUUCUGCUUCUACUCUUAUUAAAGCAUUUUCUGAACUGUCUGGGCUUUCAACACAAGCAAUAACAGGAAUAUCUAUUGCGAGUGUCGGUGGAAUAGGGUUGGGUGCUCUCACUGUAUGGAAGGGACCCGCUCUAAUUGCACGACUAAUUGCUCGUCUGUAG